UCAAGUGACCUCACAAGGCAGCAGGACACUAUAAAACAAAACAAAAAGAAUGAAAAAAUUGAGGAAAAUGUGAAGCAUCUCAUUCACAAAACAGAUGAUUUAGAAAAUCGUUCAAGAAGAGACAAUUUAAGAAUAAUUGGACUACCAGAAGACCACAACAAAAGAAAAAGCCUGGACAUAAUACUAGAGGAAAUUAUCCAGGAAAACUGUGCCGAGAUCCUAGAAAAAGAGGGGAAAGUGGAGAUCGAAAGAAUCACAGAUCACCACCUGUAUUUAAUCCCCAACUGACAACACCAAGAAAUGUUAUAGCCAAAUUAAAAAACAAUCAGAUGAAAGAAAAGAUAUUACAAGCUGCCAAGAAGAAGCCAUUCAGAUACCAUGGAAACACGGUGAGGUUAACACAGGAUCUGGCUGCAUCCACACUGAAGGAUCGAAAGGCAUGGAAUAUGAUAUUCUGGAAAGCAAGGGAACUAGGUCUACAACCAAGAAUAAAAUACCCAUCAAAACUGACUAUAUUCUUACAGGGGAAAGUAUGGUCAUUCAACCCAACAGAAGAGUUCCAAGCAUUCAUAAAUAAAAGACCAGAUCUGAACAGAAAAUUUGAUGUCCAACCUCAGAACUCAAGAGAAUCAUCAAAAGCUGACCAUGUGGCAAGCUACGGCACAACCAUGGCCCAGUCCUACGGGCCUUCAGGCCAGUUUACCCAGGAGUUUGAUGAGGAUGAACUUUUCUAUGUGGACCAGCAGAAGAAGGAGACUGUGUGGCGGCUGCCAGAAUUUAGCCAUUUUGCUGGCUUUGACCCUCAGGGAGGGCUGGAAGAUAUAGCCACAGCCGAGCACAACCUGGACUGCCUGAUUAAACGCUCCAAUAGAACAAAGGCCAUCCCUGUGGCUCCUGAGGUGACUGUGUUCCCUGAGAGUCCUGUGGAGCUGGACCAGCCAAAUGUACUCAUCUGUUUGGUGGACAACAUCUUCCCUCCAGUGGUCAACAUCACAUGGCUCCGUAAUGGGCAGGUGAUCACCACGGGUGUGUCUGGGACAGAAUUCUACCCUCGAUCUGACUACAAAUUUCGCAAGUUCUACUACCUCACCUUUCUCCCCAACACAGAAGAUGUUUAUGACUGCCAAGUGGAGCACUGGGGCCUGGAGCAGCCAAUCUUCAGGCACUGGGAACCUCAGUUUCCAUCUCCACUGCCAGAGACAACAGAAACUGUGGUCUGUGCCCUUGGUCUGGCUGUGGGUCUGGUGGGCAUCAUCUUGGGCACCAUCCUCACAAUCAAGGGCAUGCGUUCUAGCAGUAGGAUUCAACAUCAAGGGCCUCUGUGAAUCACCUGAUGGCAAGAGAGUGAGGAACUAGAAAGACCAGGGGGGAACAACUUUCUACCUUUGGAGCAAAACAAAGAACCACCCAGCCUGAACAAGCUGCAUUCUGUCAUCUCUCUGAAUAACUCACCCACCUGUUCAUUCCUCCAUUUUACUGCCUGGACUUCUCAUUGAUAUCCCUUAUGCCUUCCUGGUACCAUUUUAUGUAGCAAAUAACUCUGGUUUGAUGUCUCAUUUCCUUGUAGGCUCUCUCAAGUGACUCACCUCUGGAUACCCACUUUUCCUGAUAUCCUCCUAAAAUGAAUAACUUUUUGGUGAUUUCACCAACAUCCAUGAGUUGAUGGAUGUUGUCAACUAGAUGAUGUUCAGAUACAUAUUUCCAUCCCGUAUCUCUUCUCUGAGCUGUAGUUUCCCAUAUCAUCAACUAAUUGCCUAUUGGACAUUUCCAAUUGAAUAUCCCAUAAUCAUUUCAAACUUAAUAUGUCCCAAAACAUUAUCUUUUCCCUACUUUUCCUAGCCUUUCUCAUCUUUUACCCAGAUUCAUGAUCCCAAUCAUCUUCUAUUCUUCUGGCUCCCUCACCCCUCACAUUAAAUCAGUUUCCAAAUCUUAUUGAUUUUAUCUCUAUGAUAUAACUUGUUUCUAUCACCUCCCCAUUCAUGCCUACUUCAUUACUUUAGGUCUUAUCUAUACCCUGGAUGACUGCAAUAGGUUACAUUACAUUACUUUUCCUUUUUAAUUCAUCUGCCACCCAGCUGUCAAAUUUUCCUAAAGCACAGGUCUGCCCAUAUAUCUCUGUCCUUCUCAAAAAGUUCUAUUAAUGGGGGCAGUUAGGUGGCUCAGUGGAUAGAGAGCCAGACCAGGAGAUAAGAAGUCCUACAUUCAAAUGUAGCCUCAGAUACUUCCUGGUUGUGUGGCCCCCAAGCAAGUCACUUAACCCCUGUUGCCUAGCCCUUACCAUUCUUCUGCCUUAGAACCAAAACAUUGAAUUGAUUCUAAGAUGGAAAGUAAGGGUUAAAAAAAAACUCCAUUAAUUCUCUAUCACUUCUAGAAUAAAAUAUGAACCCCUGUGCCUUUAAAAACCCUUCACAAUUGGUGCUAUUUUUGCACUACAUUGCAGCCAGAGAUCUUUUUGCUAUGCUUUGUACAAGACAUUUUAUCUCUGAUCAAUGCUUCAUCCUUGCCUAGAAUGCCUUCACUCUCUCCUUUGUCCCAUAGAAUUCUAGCUUCCUUCAUAUGCAGCUCAUGUCCCUUCUUGAUACCACCAGGUGCUAGUGCCCUUCCUCCUGGAAAGUAUUUUGUGUAUCUUUUAUGUUUUAUUUCCUAUGUAUAUAUUUUUUCUCUCUCUAGAUCAUUUCCCCACCCUCACUGCUGUAAGAAUCUUUAGGGCAGAGGCUGUUUUAAGAGUUUUGUUUUCAUUUUUUCAUCUUUGUAUUACCAGAGCCUGGCACUGUGCUUGACACAUAAAUAAAUUCUUAUUAAAUCGAUGCAGUUACAUACA